CUGCCGGCUGCCACUCGCCCUCCUCUUCAGGUCCCUUACCCUGACAAGACCUGUUCAAUCUGCCACACCAAUUUUGUGUGGAAGAAGACAGCGGACCGCUGCUUUGGCUGUUGCAGAAAUAAGCCGGGCCCCAAAAAGAUUGCCGCUGUUAUCGAGCGUGCUGCUCGUGGCAUCGAUAGUUGUAGCACCUGUUAUGGUGAGGCUGAUAGGGGCGAUAAUCAGCUCUGCACUCUCUGCUACGGGCGUCAGAAGGGCAAGAACGAGAGGCAUGCUGCAAAGGUCAGAGCGAGAAAGGCACGGGAGGACGCUGAAGCCAUCUUCAAGGGACUCGGUAUUGCCUUCGAUCAAGCUGGUCAACCUCAAGCUGGUAAUCCGGAGCCAGCUGUUGAAUCUCCAGGUGUCGAAACUCCAUCUGUCGAAACGCCGGAUAUCGCAUCCCCGGCUAUC